AAUAUGUCAGCACCAUUCGGCCGUAUAGCAUGUUGCCAAGAUUGCGCCAGAAAUGGAGCAAAGGAGCGAGCCUCGCACAAGCGACAGCAAGCAGGAGUCCAGCUUCGCAUUCUUCUUCGACACCGAACCAAGGACUAUUCAAGAGCAAUCGGUCGAAGAAGAAGAUGAGGAGGUACCAAAUGCAGAGUCUGCCCUCAGGGUGCAGUCAUCUAGCGAAGAUGGCCACGAAGCAGGACCUGUGGCCUACCAGCUGCCGCGGAAAAUCCACAUCUACUUCUCAGACACUGGCGGUGGACAUCGAGCAUCGGCGCUUGCGCUGGAGGCUGCUCUUGAGAAGCAAUAUGGCAGCCAGGUGUCGGUUGAGUUAAUCGACUUCUUCCGUGCGGCCAUGCCAUGGCCACUGUCCCAAGCGCCUGAGACAUACCAGACCUUGGGCAAUUUUCCAUCCGUCUACAAGCGUGCAUGGGACUACGAUCAAGAUAGCGAAAAGUGGCAAGACACAACGAGCUACCAAUGGAUGUGGAGCUACAGCAAGGAACACAUCGUGAAGUACCUCCAGCCGCUUGAUUUGGAUCUGGUCAUUUCGGUUCAUCCUCUGAUUCACCAUUUGGUGAUAGAAGCCUUGGAGGAGAUUUCUCGAGGUAGCGACGUUCCGCGCGAGGACAUUCGGUUGCCAGUCGUCACAGUGGUUACUGAUUUGGGAUCUGCACAUCUUUCCUGGUUUGACCCUCGGGUCGACUUGCUCUUUGUGCCUAGUCAGGAGAUCUAUCAGCUGGCAAUCAAGCACUGUGUACCAAAGGGGAAGAUCAAUCUCUCGGGUCUGCCUCUUCGAGAAGGCUUCUGGUCAGCAGAUCCUAUUCGACCUGAAGAGAAAAAACGGCUCCAGGAGCAAUUGGGUCUACGCCCAACUGAGCGACCAGAGGUGGUUUUACUCAUGGGUGGGGGAGAAGGCUUUGGUCGGCUGAACGAUGUUGCGUGUGCAAUUGGAGAUACCUUGAUAGGUUUGGGCUACGGACAGCUGGUCGUUGUGUGUGGGAGGAAUGAAGAGGCUCGCAAGUUUCUCUCUGAGAGAAAGUGGAUGUCUCGACAACUUGGGGAGUGGCUGUUCGAACCCUUAAUCCUUGGCUUUGUGAAGAACAUUGACGAGUAUAUGACCGCUGCUGAUUGUCUAGUGACUAAGGCUGGUCCAGGAUCAAUUGCCGAAGGCAUGAUCAAAGGCUUGCCAUGCCUUCUCACGGCCUUUGUUCCUGGACAAGAGGAGGGCAACAUUGGCUAUGUCACAGAGAAUGACGCUGGUGCCUAUGUGUCAGAUGAGGAACCAGAACAGAUUGCAGAAACGAUUGCAGAUUGGCUUGCAGAUCCUGAACGCCUUCAAACGAUGUCAGAAAAUGCGCGACGUUUGGCGAAGCCAGACGCAGCUUUGCAGAUUGCUCGCAGAAUCUGUGAUGGUCUUCUUGAUCUUGGUGUUGAGCUCAAAGAGGUGAAAGCAAGCGAUUUCCAAAGCUCGAACCGGGAAAAGUUGCUCGAACGGAAGGAAAAGCGGCAAGCGAGACGCCGGGCUGAUGGCGAGGGCAACAAGGUUUGUGAGCCAGAUGAUCAAGGAGACACUGAUUCAGCCUCUUAGUUCUCGGCAAUUCUCCAGGCUUUUACUUUUGGAGGGCCAUUUAUU